UAGAGAAGGCAGCUUUUGGAUUGGAUUCGUCUUGAACCAAGGAGUAUUUUGAUGCCCAACUUGCCUGGUUUUCUGCUAGAAAAGUUGAGGAAAGCCUUCAUCGAAUGUCAGAACAGUGCGAAAGAAGUUGGUUACAAAAACAGCGUACGUGGCUAUAUCAGAGCAACCCAUGCAGCUUUCAAACCACCAUCUGAUCUCCUAAACGCGAUAUUAAAUACGAAUGUAAACUUUCAUGAAAAGCAAGUGUGAUAACUUUGUUUUCAAAGCUGGUUUCUUUAACUAAAAUACAAAUCGAAGGCUACUUCAAGAAGUUAUCAAAGAGAAAUAAAGGCUCUUGUGAUUACAUAACCCGAGAAAAACUUUACAUUCAUCUACAAGAUAGAGCCCUAUUUUUUUGCCAGUGGAAAGAAAUAACAGGAUGCCUCUUAGUGAAAGCAAGAGGUAUGCAAGAUUUAAUGUUGGUAAGAUGAUGAAGGCAAGAAAGGACCAGAGGAAUAAAGUUGCUAUGGCUCACAUUUCUCUUCAAGAGAACAACAGGAAAUUAGAUUCCAUGGGUGUUAAAAAGAGAAGGCUUGAAGACAAGAUUGUUGAGAUGAAAGAAAACAUCCAAAGCCUUUCAAAUGAGCACCAGGUUCUGAAUCAAAAUCCCUCUGCAGUUGUGAAUAGACAGAACAGCCCUACAUGUGAUGACCAUGGAAAUAAUCUCAGAUGUAAUCGGACGAUGAAUAAGAGGCGAAGUGAAACAUUUAAUUCAGCUCUUAGAAUUCAUGGAGGUACAUCCACUAAUACUCUACCUGCUAUCUCUGGUUUAGUUGAUACAUUGGCAGUAAAAGGCUCAAAGGGGGAGUUAACUAGCGUUAUUUCAAGAAAAAGAAAGUUAUGUAAUCAGGUUUUCCCUCAAAUAUAUAACAGUAGUGUUAAGAAAUUUGAGGAUUCACAAGAAAAUCUUUUAAGAAGUAUUUCUACCUAUUUUACAAGGGGGGUUAUUGGGAAAAGGAAGUACCGGUCUUUGUACAGGGUACUUUCAAUGAAAAAGGCCAAACGAAAAGGGAAAAAGCUUGAAAGAAUCAAAAUAAUGUCCUGUAAAGUUGCUCGGCUACUACCAUACAACAAAAUGAUAGCAGCA